AUGCAUCUUCUAUGGACAGUGGCGAUACUCGCGUGGGUGAUUUCCGACUGCGCGUGUGGUCUUGACUGGCAAAACGAGGUGAAUGUGUCGAUGUGCAGCUGGGCCCAGUUCCGGGGCAAUCUCGACGGCCUGAUAUAUACCCUCAACCUGGGCCAGCCUUUCAACCAGACGACCAACCUCACGAGCUUGUUUCAGACCUUGUCAAAGACUGGCGGUCUUGCGAGCAACAACAUUGCGCCUAAUUAUGUCGACGGUGUUAUGUUUGCAAAUGACGAUGAGCUGAUUACCUAUGGAGGCCUCAUGAGCUUAUCAAACAGUUCGAGUCCGCCGGCAGCCGACUCAGACUUGGGUUAUGAAGCCUAUGAAUAUGGUCCCGCCCGCCAGUCAUGGUCGCCGGGGUUUAUCGCCAAGGAACUGCCUGCCAACAUAACUCGAUACAUUACGAACGGUGCCGGCGUAUCUGCUCCAAGCGAAAAUAUGGGUUAUUAUUUCAGUGGAAUGCGUGCCGCAGACUGGGGACCGAUUUACUACGACAUUGAGGGAUCUGCAGACACGCUGGCAAGUACAUUGAUAUCAGUCAAUAUGACCGUUAUGAGAGAUGAAACUUGGUCCAAUCAAACAUUACCAUCCUCCGUUCCUGCUCGCGCAAAUGCCGAACUUGCAUGGGUCCCCGUGGGCGAAAAUGGGUUGCUUGUUGCGGUAGGAGGAGUAAUUGAUCCCGCAUCUCUAACUGCUGCUCAGGGGUUAAAUGAUUCUCAGGCCAACACUAGUAGUCAAGUCAGUCCAACUUUUAUGGAAACCGUCUCCAUAUAUGACAUUACUAGCCAAGAAUGGCACCUGCAGAAUACAACCGGAGAUAUUCCACCUCAGUUAACUAUGUUCUGCUCCGUGGUUGCACCUGCUCAAGAUGGAUCAUCAUUUAAUAUUUAUAUAUAUGGCGGGUACAAUGGUAUUAACCAGUCUAGCAUCCCUUCAGAUGAUGUGUACAUACUUUCAGUGCCACAAAUGGUGUGGACACAUGCCUAUACUGGGCAGAGCAAUCAUGGCCGAAGCGGACAUGAGUGCAUCAGAGUGUAUCCAGAUCAAAUGAUGGUAUUAGGUGGCGCCUACGCGGGCAAUCCGAUUAUUUGCCUAGAUGGUGGUAUCAUUGAAGUCUUUAAUCUGAACAAUCUAGAAUUUCAAGAUUCAUACGACCCACGCGUAUGGAACGAAUACGUCGUUCCGGACGCUGUUACUGCAAACAUUGGUGGGAAUGGCAAUGGAAGUGCUACAGUCUUGGCACCGUCAUCGUUGAGCAGUCUCUUCGCAACCGAAUAUACGAAAACUAUCGCCACGUACUAUCCAUAUGCAUUACAGACUCCCAACGUUACUAGCACGCCUAGUUCAACCCCUGAGCCAACGACUAUCACAAUUCACAAUAAUAGUGGCGGUCUUCCGGCUUGGGUUGGGCCAGUACUGGGAGUCGUUCUUGGUUUGAUUGUUAUAGCCGCCGCAGUGAUAUUCUUCUUGCUCUGGCGGCGGCGAAGAACAGGCAGAGGUGCAGGGGGGAGCGAAACGCCAACGAAUUCAAGCAAGAUCAAAGGAUUUGUGCUGCGAUGGCUAUAUGGCACGACGCCCCAGGAUGAAAAGGGCCAGACGGAGAUAGGCGCUGAUGACAUCGACGGGGCCACGGUAGUGUCUUCGAAGACUCACGAGCGCCAUAUUUCAGAAGCUGGAAGUGUGGGAUUGCACGAAAUGGAAGGUCCGGGCACGCCUAUUUACGAGCUGGGUUCCAAUACCCAAGGUCCAAAUUGGGGUGAUAUGCAUUGGUCUCAACCUCAAGGAUCUUCACCGCUUGUGUCGCCGACUAUCGACGAAAUGAUGUCCCACAGUCGUGCCGAUGGUCCUUUACCAACGACUGGACCAAUAGUCGAAACGGCAACAACCAGACAUACACAGCGAUACAUGCCACAAGCUAGUAACCCAAGUUCUGGACACCGAAGUGACGAAUCCAAUAUUUCUGAAAUUGGAUCGUCUGACUCCGGAAGACCCCUUCACAAUGAACAAGUCUCGGAUAAUUCGGUCUCAAUUUCUGCUUCUCAAGAUGGGAGUAGCACAGAGGUAUCUAAUAGAGAACAAACAGCAACAGUAGUCACUGUUAUGAGAAAUCGGAUCCACACAGUACAUGAAGUUGAUGAGCUCGGCGAGAUUGGGCCGCUGGAUGAAUCUAGUGACGUUUCACGUCGGCAGCGCAAUUUGACGGAGCUCGAAUAG